UUGAAAGAAAAAAUCAAAUGUUCUUUGCAAGAUAUUGUCACUAGAGGGCAGACAACUACUACUUUGUGCUUGGCUCCCAUAGCAUAUUAAAUUACUGUACUACGCUACAAAGCCAUUAAUAAGAAAUGAAUAAAGUCUACACCGUAGCUUUCCAAUACAAAUACAAACUAAUUAAAAAGAAAUUCGUGUAUCAUACUGUAAAAUUAAAUACUGAACCUCUUUGCUGAUCAUGAUAAAUAUUAAGGCUUAGUUUCACACCCAUCGAUGAGUAGAUUGAUUGGUUUAAUUCGUAUUAACUCCCAAUGUAAAAGAUCUAGCAGGACUGUUUAUAACUCCAAUCUUGCUUCUGAUGAGCGACGGGGAAUAAAACACACGACCAAUGUCAACUGAAUGAAGCGCACUGUAAUGCUAGAUUUGAGAUCUAAGUAUAAGUGUCAGCUAUUCAUUAUUUUUCAUCAAUGUGGCUUAUAAAAGGAGCAUUAAAAACAACGGAACUGGUCAACUUUCUUAUCCAAAUGACCACGAAAGGUAAGGGCUACCUAAGAAAAAUCCUUCAAUGCAAGAUCAAUGUAGAGGACAAGUGGCAGCCGAAUAUUUGCUUGCCACUUCUUUUGCGCUUAAAUUCUGAUUAACUGGUUACCCAGCAAACUCUAUGCUAAGAGCUAGGCCAAACGCAGUCUUUUCCGAUCCGUGUUAAAGAAGCGCACUCGGGCUGUGGCGAACAGUCGGGAAACAGUUCCAAUCUGGCGCUGCGCGAUCCAGCAGCCAAUCGCUCCCGCUGAAGUGCAGAGAGCAGGUGAGGCAGCUGUGACGCUUGAGGUUCGAGCGGUAUGGCUUGUCACAGUGUAGUUAUCACCGAUAGGAUUCUACUGAAUGCCCGCUACUCCCAUUGCAGCUACUGCUUCAAGUCCCUCAACUCAGGAAGUGAAUACACCAGUUUCUGAGAAAUAAUUAGUCACUACGACAAUGGCGAACAAUAGGUUUUCAAGGAGACUAUGAGCACAUUGAAGAAGGCCUCAUCAAGCUCAGGAGGGGCGGGUAAAGGUGGCGGAGAUGAUCCAGGGAAAUUGCCCGAGCAGGAAGAAGAGGAUGAAUCCCAAAUUCUACAUGGAACGGGCCAUUGUAAAUGGUUUAAUGUUCGAAUGGGGUUCGGAUUUAUUUCAAUGACCAGUCGUGGGGGAACUCCUAUCGAAACCCCUUUGGAUGUGUUCGUUCACCAAAGCAAACUUUACAUGGAGGGAUUCCGAAGCCUUAAAGAAGGAGAACCAGUGGAAUUUACUUUUAAAAAAUCUUCCAAAGGUUUUGAAUCAUUACGGGUAACGGGUCCAGGGGGUGCUCCCUGCAUUGGCAGUGAGCGGAGACCCAAAGGGAAGACUGUACAGAAAAGAAAACCAAAGGGAGAUCGAUGCUAUAACUGUGGUGGCCUUGAUCACCAUGCUAAGGAAUGUAACUUACCACCCCAGCCAAAGAAGUGCCAUUACUGUCAGAGCAUCCUGCACAUGGUGGCCAACUGCCCUCACAAGACUCUUACACAGCAACCCACAAGUGCUCAGGGAAGAUACGAAACCGAACUACAGCCUUCUACCUCUGCUUUCCUGAGAGAGGGACCAUACUCACUACCACCUUAUUCUCUGGAGGGAAGAGUGGAGGCACAGGAGCGACCAGUCCGCUCCCCACAGGAAGCAUCCUCCAGCAAGUCUUCUGUAUCCCCAGAAGAUUCCAGUCGGAAAGGACCUUCUGUCCAGAAAAGGAAAAAGACCUAAACGAAGUCUUAGCUGAAAGUUCAAAAAGUUUCCUUUGGAGUCUGUAUACAGCAUCUACCUCAUACUCGCAAAAAGUACAGGGGAAGUCAUUUCAGUCAAUGCAGCUCUAGCUUUAAAACAAAGAAACAAACACAAAACUACUGUCUUAAAAUCUGUGAAUCUGUAUUUAACUUGUCCUCCUCUACCAAACAUGAAGCACACAUUUAAGGUGGUUUUUCAAAUUUUACUCACUUUGAUAUAAUUUAACCGAACUCAGCAUUCCAGACAAAUUUCUUGGAACUGUUAUUUAAUCAGUUUACUUGUGGACAAACCACUUUUCUAUUUUAUUUCUGAACAGCUUUGUCAUACAAUUUUCCAGGCCUUCUUCUCUUUAUGGGGUGACCAGGACAAUUGCCAAACAUAAACCAAAGGAUACUUUGAUUGGUAUAUCUGCCCCAGCAAAGAGAAACACCAAGGAAUACCUUAAAAUGCAUUUGUGUGGAAAACCCUUUUAAGGAUGCAAAUAUCAUGGCAGCGUUUGACCCAAUCAAGGCAAUAUAUUAUAUUUGAGAUGCUGACAACUGCCAUCAGCUUUUAUUUCUUAUUAUGAAUGUUUCUAUUGUGUGCCUGUGUUGCGAGUGCUCUUAUACUGGAUGGUGAUUAAUUCUGUGAUCUUUUAGUAUCUGUUAAAACGUGUUGCUUGAAAGUUGUUUUUUGUGUGUUUCUACUGCCGUGUAGAACCUGUUUCUGUUGUAAAUACAAAGGCAACAUGUUAAGAUUAUUGUAUGCUUGGUGGUUUUACUUGAGGCCUGCUUUUAAUUUCUUGUGGAUUAUGUUAAUUUGUCUUGAGUUUAUUAGUGUGCAUUAAACCUUAAAGGUAUGCAUGCAACCAUAGAUGUUUAAAGAAAAAGAAAAACUAAGGACGAACUUUAGCAAAAGAACUCCUGAUAGAUCAUUCGUAGCAAAUUAAACAGUGAAUAAAUCCCAUUAUUUAAUUUGCUUUGUGAAAUCUAAAACUUAAAUGGUAGAUAUUUGAAUAUCUUCAUCUUAGUUGUAAAGAAUUAAUUUAAGUUCUGAAAAUGUAUAUAAAUAUAUCUAUAUAAAAUUACUAUUAAUUUUAAACCUAUCGAUUGUGAUUAUUUUGUUUUUGUUACUACAGCAAAUUGAGAAUGAAUGCACAAACUUUAAAGUGCAUGAAUUCACUUUUGAAUUCAAGUAAGCGUGGCCUCAAGUUGGUAAAGUCCAGCACCAAACAAUUAAUUUACUUUUGUUUUACAGUAAGAGAUUUACUGCUGCUUUUGUUUUUAACAGUUCUGAAUGUUGCCAGAGGAAAACUAAUGGCACUGAUUACAUAUGACUACACUUGAAUUUUUCAAAAGUGUUCAGAAGAACUAUCCAAUGAUAUCAUGCUGUACAAUGCGAAACAUACUCUGCUUUGACGAUAUUGAAUGUGAAAUUUACCUCUUAAAAGUGAGUCCUCACAUUAUCUGAGGAAUACCACUUUAUUUAAUGUGUUUUGACAAAUCAAUGACAUUUCCUUAUAAUAAUCAAGAAGACAACCAAGUAUUUUCAGGAAAGGCGCAUGUCAUUUUGAAAUUCUAUACCAAAGUUUCUUGACUUUAUUGAAGGAAUAAAUGAACGAACAAUGCCUAAAUGGUAUUCCCUGUUACUCCAAAAAAAUACAAAAAGCUCAGCACUAAGAGUUUUACACAGGUCUAGAAUCAAUUUUAGAGUGCAUUUUUCUUAAAUCUGCAGGCACUCUAAAUGAUUUCAAAAAGGCAACAGCACAAACCAAACUAUAGCUCUUUGACUGUUUCACAUUUUCCAUGACAUUUACACACUCAUAGAACAUCUCAGGAUGAAGAACUCUACUCAGGGAAUUUACCAAGAAAGUGUACUUUUCUUUACAAAACAGUCUGCAAACGUCUUAAAUGUAUUCUGAUCAAUUAGAUGUAGUGUUUGAUAUCUAUAUAUGUUUUAUGUACUGAUAUUAGUAACUACCUCUGAGUUAUACAUAGUCUUACAUUUCUAAUAAUCAGAUGAUUUUUUUGUAUUUUAUUUCAUAUAAAGAUAACUAGAAUUGUACUGAAUACUUGUGUAAGUAUCAGGGCUCUAUUGAUUUUUACACAAGUUAUGAAUUUUAUACUGUUUUGAAGAUGGUAAUAUGACAGUAAUCUCAGUUUUCUGUUUACAGCAAAAAGCCUACCUCAUUCUUUUCAGUUAGUAAUUUUUGAUGCUCUAACUUAAUAGACGGCUAAGGAUUCUUUGGUCAAAUCUGACAUUUUUUUUAAAUUAUGCACUGUUUUAAACUGUAACACCAUGAACAAAACAAAGCAUGUAACACCGAACAAGUGUUUGGUCCUUUAUGUCAUUUAAAGGGUUUGUGGUAUUAAGGAGAAUCAAAAAAAAUAUGAGCUAGUGUUUUUGACCCCCAGCUGAAAGGUGCAUAUUCUAAGUUUGCAACAUCUUUAACUAAGAAGAGAAAAAAUAGUAAUAUAUUUAAGCAUAGGAUGUCUUUAUCGAUUUACAGAAUAUUGACUAGGCUUUUAAUUCUGCAAAAAAAUGGUUUGUUUUCUUUCUGGGAUUGCAGUGCUACUUCAAGUGGUGAAUUCGAGAUUGGGACAAUGCAAAAUAAACAUCUCUUAUGGACACAUAGAAGCUAAGAAAUUCUUCCACAAACAUGAAAUAAAUAUAUAACGUGGUAGAGUAAGUCUAAUAAAAAUUCCUUCAACAUUUUUCUUCGAGUUCCAUAAGACAGUCAGGAAAAACUCCAAACUAUUUGUAUUUUUUUUAGUACUAACUUAUUCUUCAAAACGUUGAUGAAAUGGAAAAAAAAACACUUUUUACAUAAAGGACUGUACUAAACCAAAGAUCAAACAUUAGUCCAACACUGCCACCGUCUGCUGAACAAGGAAUAUGCCACUGUUUAUAUUUGGUGAUGAUUAUUACAUUUUGCUUGCUCGUCUUUUAGUGUGUAUGUGGAUCAAAGUUAUAGGUUUUUAACUCGGGUAGGAAGGAGUUUUGAAUCAUCUGCAUGCAAAGGUCAGUUUCAAAUUUCCAAUCUGAAAAGAUGUUCAUAAGACAUAAGUUUAGGCAUGUGAAGAUAUUUGUUCAGUAAUUGUGCAUACAUGUGACAUUAUUAGUAAAAUAAUUUGUAUUAAAAUAUUUAAAUGGCAUAUGUAGUGAUCCAACUUUAAGGUGUAUACACAUGCGUUUCUUCAUUUUCAGUGAAACCUUUAAAAUCAUUGGUUUUGCAGUAUUUCAUUUAUGUGAAACAUUUCUUUGACAAUAUACUUAAGUCAUCGAGCAUACAAUGAUUACAGCGUAAGAUGUACAGUUCUCUAAAUUUUCUAAAAUCAACAUUACUACUGAUUUUUCUCCCCUCUGACCCAUCUAGCUUAAAAAUAAAGGGAUACAGUAUUUAUCAAUCCAUCAUUCCACAAGUAAAUGACCACAAGAUUGCUAGGGCUACCUCAUGAUUUAACAAAUACAGGUUUUACAAAUAGUGAUAGUUUUAUAAGUACUAGUUCAAUAUGCUGCUUGUAUUACUGGAGACCAAAGCAAGGUCUGUAUCCCCUUGUUUACUGUGAGUUUUUCAGAAUUAACUGUCAAGUUUGUGUUUUAACAUACCUCAGUUAUAAAGAUUGGCAUUAAACUUUUUAUUUCAGAAUUUCAAAAGCUGUAAUUGGAUUGUACAAAAUAAAUUAUGAGAUUAUGGUCAGUUCAUUCUGUUUCUUUUUAAUGUUGGAGUAAAGCACUGACUGCUUUUUUGCAUAUCACAUUUUAUAACCAUUUUAAAUGUACCGACUUUUUGUUUCUGUGAAUCUCGGAUUUUCUGAGGUCUUAAAAGUUUUACUUGGUUGAAAUAAAACCUAUUAUAUUGCCAUUUUA